CAUCUUGAAACCUUGUGAAAUAUUGGAGAUUGAUUCAUUUUUGUAUGGCGUUGUCGUUUUUACUCUUUUAAGGUGAAGCCUGAGCUGUUUCCUUGGACUGGAGUAACAGGAACUUGAAGAAGAAACCAUGCUUCCCGUUGAGGGAAAGCAAGUAGUGGCUACUGAGAUGGUUUGCGCAGCCGAUGAGCCCAAGAUGCUGUGCCUGGUGCGAGACAUGUGCACGGUGAACUACAGCCGGUCGCGUAUCACGCUGAAUCUCCCGGCGUCCACGACCAUGUGUUCGCUGUACAACGAGGUGGCUCAGCACGCGAAUUACGUCCCCGGAACAUUCCUCCUGCAAUGGGAACGGGGAGGAAAGGACGGCGGAGACAAUGUUGAUGUUCAAGAAGAUAGUAAGGAUACCCUGUUCCAGUUGGGCCUGCUCCCAGACAACAAGAGAAACCACUUUGUCAUAAACGAGAAAAAUGAACAACCUCCGCAGUCCACCAUCCAGGAGGAUGAGGACACAGUUGGGGAAGCCUUAGCUAUCAGUGAGAGCCAGGCCACAGGUAGUACUACAGACAGUACCAGUACGUAUGGUCCUGUGUACGGCCCAUCUCCCAACCCCAGUACUGACUACAGCACCUACAGCUACGCCUCAGCACUCAUCAAGUCUGACACUGGUUAUGUAGGGCUUGUGAACCAGGCCAUGACUUGUUACCUGAACAGUCUACUCCAGACACUGUACAUGACCCCAGAGUUCAGGAAUGCAGUGUACAAAUGGGAGUUUGAUGGUUCUGAGGAGGAGGAGGCGCGCAGCAUCCCGUCCCAGCUGCAGAAGCUGUUCAUCCAGCUGCAGACCAGCAAGAAAAGAGCCGUGGAGACGACAGACAUCACCAGGAGCUUCGGCUGGGACAGCAGCGAUGCCUGGCAGCAGCAUGAUGUCCAGGAGCUCUGCAGAGUCAUGUUUGAUGCUUUGGAGACCAAGUGGAAAAACACAGACCAGAAAAACCUCAUCAAUGAGCUGUACCAGGGCAGACUGAAAGAUUACGUACGCUGUCUGGAGUGUGGAAGCGAGAGCGCGCGUAUGGACGCUUUCCUGGACAUACCGCUAACCGUACGACCGUUUGGAGCGACGCACGCUUAUGGCAAUGUGCAAGAAGCCUUGGAAGCUUUUGUACAGCCAGAAACCUUGAAUGGAAGUAACCAAUACUUCUGUGAGAAGUGUAACAAGAAAUGUGAUGCCCACAAGGGCCUGAAGUUUGUGAAGUUUCCAUACUUACUGACCAUGCAGCUGAAGAGGUUUGACUUUGACUAUAACACCAUGCAGAGGAUCAAGCUCAAUGACAAGAUGACAUUCCCUGAAAUCCUGAACCUUAACAGCUUCAUAACUGAUGACACUGGAACAAUACAGAGUAAAACAGAUGAAGAAGACACACUGUCUGCGUCAGGCAGUAGCGCUGAGGAUGACGCAGGCCUUGGAAACCACGCUGGUGAAACCCAAGACGACAUGGUGGAUGAAGGGAUCGACAUCGAACAGAACACCGCUGUUAUCAACGACAGGAACAAAAGGGAACAACAAGCCAAGGGUCCGUACAUGUAUGAACUGUUUUCCAUCAUGAUCCACUCUGGCAGUGCAGCCGGUGGGCACUACUACGCCUACAUCAAGUCCUUCCGCGAUGGCCAGUGGUACAGUUUUAACGACCAGCACGUCACCAAGAUCACGUACGACGACAUCCGCAAGACCUAUGGCGGUAGCGGCUCACACAGAGGCUACUACUCUGGAGCCUUUGCCAGUUCCACCAAUGCCUACAUGCUCAUGUACAGGCAGAUAGAGACUAAGAGAAACACUUUGCCCAUCGAGCCUCCUGAUCUACCAGAACACAUCCAGAAACUUGUCCACAAACUGCACGACAGAGAGGAGUAUGAGAGAAGACAGAGGGAGAUGGACAAGGCCAUGUGCAAGAUCAAGCUGUUCUGUGUCCAUCCUGAGUCCAAGAAGUUGUUGGAGGGACGUCUGGAGGUACAUAAGGACAAGACACUAGCAGAGGCCACAGACAUCGCAUGGAAGAUGUUUAACCUUGACCCUGUGAUCGCGCUGGACCAGUGUCGACUGGUGAAGUACGACGAGUUCCACGACACGCUGGAGCGCUCGUACGAGGGCGAGGAGGAGACCCCCAUGGGCGUGUUGCUGGGCGGGGUCAAGUCCACCUACAUCUUCGACCUGCUGUUGGAGACCAGGAGACCUGACCAGAAGUUCCAGAAGUACAAAACUGGAGGUACUACAGUGAAGGUCCAUGUAGUAGACCUGGAGUCUGAAACUGUCUCCCCUCCCAUCACGGUACGGGCAUACCUCAACCAGACCAUCAGCGAAUUCAAGAACCAACUGGCGCAGGCCACAGGUCUGCCGGCAGCCAACAUGAGAGUGGUGUUUGAGAGAUAUUAUAAUGAACUCAGGCUGCUGACUGUUGCCAAUAAGACCCUGAAGGCUGAGGGAUUCAUGAGGAGCAAUAAGGUGUUUGUAGAGUGCAGUGAGUCCCAGGAUAGCUUGCUGCCCUUACCCCAGUCUAAGAUGUGGUACCUGCUGGACAGAUAUGCCAACACUAUCAGGGUCUACAUCACCCUUCCUUCUGAGUCAGCAAAAUUGAGAGACCGAAUGUCUGCGAGUAAGGAGCCAGAGUUGGAAGAGUUAAUAGACACAGAAACGGAACACAUGAGGCAUUGUAGCACGCAGCAACCUUGCACCGAGUCGCACGAGACUGAAGCAGCGCAGAACGGCUCGCAAACUCCCGCGCACGACAAAACCUCAACCCCCCAGUGCAAUAUGGUAGAUUCCAAUAAGUUGUCAGAAGAAGAAGAAGAGGAAAGGACGUGUACAGACGAGGCCGGGAUUACAGACGCUGCUACCGCUCAGGAUUCCGCGGACACACAGACUGAUAGAACCGCGGAGUGGAAUAAUUCCGCCGGAGGACCUUGGAACAGCGACGGGUCCGGGAGCAAUGGCGAAACUGAAACGGACAGUUGUUACAAUUCUAACGGAGGGGACCAGGACGAGGGCGGGGUGUCGGGGGAGGAGGCGGAGGUGGAAGUGCCGCCACCAUUCCACAGGCAGCCGUACUACUUCUACGCAGAAUAUUCCACAGUACCUGUACCAGUAGGGGGGGACCCAGCUCAGGAAGUUCUAAUAGCACAUUUAGACAAGAGGAUUUCCCUGGGAGCACUGAAGAAAGAGCUGGAGCCUUUCGUAGGCGUCACAGGAGAAAAUUUUAAGGUGUACAGAAGUUACGCCAACAACCAGGAGUUUGAGAGCGUAAGACUCAACGAGAACUUGUCUCAGUUUGGAGACGACUGCAAGGUGACCAUCCGCCUGGGCAGAGCUCUGAGGAAAGGGGAGUACAGGGUCAAGAUAUACCAGCUCAUGGUCAACGAUCCAGAGCCCUGCAAGUUCCUGUUGGACUGGGUGGUGGCUAAGGGUAUGACAGUUCUGCAGUCUAAAGAGGACAUCCUGCCCCAGUUGAGGGACCAGUGUGGACUGGACAUCCCUCUGGACAGGUGUCGUCUGCGGAAGAAGACCUGGAAGAACCCAGGUACCAUCUUCCUGGACUGGCAGGUGUACGAAGACGACAUUCCAGUCUUCAGCAACUGGGAGGUUUUCCUGCAGGUGCUAGAAGAACCUGAGGCGAUGGUGUCCAUGCAGCAGAUUGCAGUGUUCGUACGGAGAUGGUUCCCUACUGAGUACAAGCUGGGGCCAUUCCAGGAGAUCAUCAUAGAGGGCCAGAAUGUCGAGGAACUCAAAGAAAGGAUAGCUGAAGUUAGUGGCCUUCCAGUGGAAAGAGUACAAUUUGCCAAGGGCCGUGGAACGUUCCCUUGUGACGUGUCACUGUUGGAGAUCCACACAGACCUGGAGUGGGACCCGUCAGUACAGGCGCUCAACACCUGGCCACUCUACAUCUGUGAUGAUGGCUCUGUGCUCUUCUACAGAGAUUCCGAGGAAACCUUGGCUGCGUUGAGCGACGACCAGCGCCGCGACCUACAGCGAAAGGAGAACACGAGACUAAACAAGACGGGAAGUCGUAUCUCGUACUCGCCGCGUAAGGAGCGAGCGCUGAAGAUUUACACAGACAACAGCAAAUCCACGGACAAACGGUCAUGAUAGCAGCGGCGUAAAGUCUGAGAUAUGGAAAGGACUAUGUCAAGAAUGAUGUUGUAAAAUUUGUACAGAGAAGCACACAUGCUUUCGAUAUAUUCCAAAGAAGAAAAGAUGUAACAGAACACAUUAUGACAUACGUACAUACAUAUACUUAAGUUGUAAACUAAUGGGAAGAACGUAUGCUAAGUUCUUAGAUCAUUUGUUGUCAUAAUUCAGCUAAGGCUUCCACCUUGCACUUCUGCAGCAUGCAUGGUGAAUUAGGAAAGUACAUAGUUACAAUAUUGUAGUACAAAAUGUACACUUUUGACUGAAAUACAUAUAUUUGAGAGCUGUAUUUGGUUAUUAAAGUCCCUGAACUUUGAUCACAAUGUAACAUUUAUGCAAGGGUUGGAGAACUUUCUCACUAGUUGUUACGCUAAAAGUAUAAUUACAGUACAUUCCUAUCCUUACAGUAAGGUUUUGCUCGAGUUAAGCUUAAAGCUGUCCACAUUGUGAAAAGCCCUAUCCUAUAUCUUAUGAUCUGAAUUAUUGUAAUUUCAGUAAAAAUGUACGAAUACAGGUCCACUGUAUUGCUAUGUAGGCACAACUUGAUAUAGGCUGGUUCACCGAUUGAAAUAUGCAUGUGUGAAAGGUCAAAGUUGAAUGCCCCCGACUUGUAAAGCAGUUCUUGUCUAGAGGAUGUUAAUACUAUGUCCAGACAUGUUUUGUUAAUGUCUAGGGGCAUUCACCUUUGACAUAUUACCCACAAUGCGCUGCUUAUUCUGAAGUGAUGCUUCCGUAUGAGCUAACGAAUCAGGGAAAGUUGCCAUCCCUUCCCGAGUAGCAUUUAGUUUUUCCUCAUGAUUUUGUUGUUGCAAUCUUUGCUGCUGCUUUCUUUGAAUAAAAACAUUGUUCUUAACCAAAUUAGGACAAUUCUAGUGGUAAAUGCAGCAGCAAUUUGCUGGGAAAGAAAAGUAUCAAUAUUAAGUUUUAAUAGAUUCCUUUUAGUUUACUUAUGUAUAAUGAUACUUAAGAACAAAUUGCAGUCUAACAUACAUCAUGAAUAAUAAAUAAAAUGUACAGUUAGCAAAAAAUUCACACCUGCCAGAGAGUAGUACUCAAAUGUUUAUGAAGUAUGUCACGUGCCACAUUUACCUAUUUUCUCCAGCUUUGCGUCAGAUUGCAUCGAGAUAUACAUGUAAUUAUUAUUAACAAUAUGAAAAAAUGUUCCAGAUGUUACAAUUGAUGGAUAUAGUAUUGGACAUCUCUGGUCAGAAAAUAAACCUUUUUC